UGUCAUGUCUCUCAGAGAGAAGCAGCACACGAAUUUGGACACUGCGAGUGCAACACACACUGGAAUGGAGGGUCAGUCGAGGUCAUCUCCUAAGUACCUGCUCCUGCAGGUGUGGUGUGGUCUCCUCACUGUUGCCAUGGUGGCUAUGGCUGCGUUUCUCACUUCAAUCAAGCCAAAGUCAACUGAGGAUGCAGUCUCGGUGCUGAAGUCAGACGUCGGUCCGACAGUCAGCACUUUGGAGGCGCCCUUAAAGUUGACAGGAUCCUCUCUCUCGUACAUCCAGCUGUACAAGCCUGGAGACUCAUGGAAAGACUUAGAGAGCUGUGACUCCUGCUUCCUCGUCCUGCACAACAACUCCAUCCACUGCAUGGAGGACAGCCUCUACUUCAUCUACAGCCAGGUCACCUUCAGCAAACUGAGUCACCCGCCCAGGUCUGUGAUCUUGAUAAAAAACGCCCGGCCUGGCAGGCAUCUUAAGAAACUGGUCGAGGGGAGCUUCUCACACACACUGGAGGGAUCUGUGUGGGUGGCCAAGAUUGUCAGGCUCAGAAAGGGAGACAGUGUCAGUAUAAAUAUCACGGGUGAUUUUCGAAGAGACAGCACGUUCUGGGGUGCCUUUCAGCUUCAUUAGCACUGCAGGCCUCCAGGACGUGUUACCAUACAAGAAGGAUUUGUUUGGGGUUGGACUGAUAUGUCAUUAGUAAUCCUGUAUGAAAGUGUUUCAUCACCUGUAUUUUGUUCCAAUAUUUGUUUAAAGGCCCAGUUUAAACGUAAUAAAAUUAGAUUUAUGAAUAAUCACUAAAUCCCUGUGAUUUUUAGUAUUAUUAGGAAUAAAUGUAACUAAGUACAUUUACUUAAAUACUGUACUGAAGCAUACAUUUCUGCUACUUUCUACUUACACUCCACUACAGUUUGGAGGGGAUAUAUUGUACUUCUACUCCCCUACAUUUAUUUGACAACUUUAGUUACUAGUUGCUUUGCAGAAUACUUAAGUAGUCUGUUUUUUAUAUGAUAAUAAAUAAAUAAAUAAAUAAAUAAAUAAUAUUAUUAUAAUAAAUAAUCUACAGUGUUUUAGCUACAGUGAGGAAAAGAAAAACGCUGAUUUCAUCAGAAAAAAGAUGAUCAUAAUAAUCUGUCAACAACAUACAGCGCACACGAACAUGUUGGUAUACGUAAUCUCCUUUUACUUGUACUUUUGAAAUGUAAGUAUAUUUAAAUAUAUUUAUUUAUUAAUAAAAUAAGUUAUGACUUUCACUUUCACCGGAGUAAUAUUUUAACCUAUUGUGUUAUUAUCCCUUAGUCUAACUCAAGUGUUACUUUUGGGUACUUUUUACAACACUGCAUAAAAAUGAGUUAAAGGUCCAAAUGAAAAGAAUUCCCUCCUUAUUAAAUACUGAUGCUUUGGGAUUGUGGGUCGGGCAGGCCACCGUCUUACAGUUCUUAUAAAUUGGACCUUUAACUCAAUUUUAUGCCAAUAAUACUGAAAACCACAGGGAUGAAGUGGCGUCCAAAGUGAAUAAAUCUGAUUUUAUGCAGGGCAGUUGAGUCUUUUAACAAUCUUUGUGGUCAACACGGAACACUAAAAUGGUUAAAGCUCCAUCCGGUUUCUGUGAGGACGAAACAUUUUAAUGAGGUCAAAUGUUCACAUCCUACUGACUUAUAUAUCAAAAGAAAAACAAAAAUCCAACCUCAACAGAGUCUUGACUUUCAGGUGUGCCAGCUGGUUCAGACUCUCAUCGUGUGCCGUUUGGAGAUGUUGUAAAUGUUUAAGCUAAUUCUAAAUGAAUGUAAACUGUAACUGUGUGGGGCACGAAUACGUUUGUUUUCACUGCUGUGCUCUUGUGUAAUUUAUGAAAUGGUGGUUUGAUGUCAAAG